CAAUCAGAAGUGGCCGCUCCGGUUGAACUCCGGGUUCAAAACCGUAUCGGUUAAAUUCGUUAAAAGUUGCGAAAGUUUGCUCGAAUUCUUCUUUCACGGAUCAAUACAACUUAUUGUCACAACUGACUUAAUUUAACAAUCUAAAAUGGCUCAUAAACAGAUCUACUACUCGGAUAAAUACACAGAUGAUCUUUAUGAAUACCGACAUGUGGUCUUACCGCGAGAACUGGCCAAGCAGGUGCCCAAAUCCCACCUGAUGUCCGAGGAUGAGUGGAGGAGGCUGGGGGUGCAGCAGUCGCUCGGAUGGGUCCAUUAUAUGAUCCACGAACCAGAACCUCAUAUUCUGCUGUUUAGGAGACCUCUGCCAAAAAAAUGACAGCGACACGUCAGGAACACUUCUGUGGUUUUCAGUGAACACUGGAGAACUUAAUCACAUUUUCUGGACUCCUUUGACCAUGAUGCUGCGUAUCACGUCGGUUAUGCACGAACAUGAAUCAAGGGAUUGUGGGAAAUGUAUUUUCAGUGAAAAUUUAAGGACUCUUAACUCUGGGGAAAAAAAAUAAUAAUAAUGCGACUCAAGUGCCUCUCUGAGUGAAGCUAAACCUUUAAAGAUUUGUGUUGAAUAAAAGUCUGUGAUGCAUCAUCAGUGUUUAAAAAAUGAAAUCAGUGUUUACGUGGCUGAGCUAAGUACAUCUUUAAUUUUUUGGGAUAAAAGAUGUACUGUAUGCUAAAGGGAGAUCCUUGGUGUCUAUCUAGUUAAUAUAUUGGCCAUUCUCAGGUUGAAAUGAAUUCUUCAGGGAAGGCGAUUGUAAUACUGUAUAGAUGCUUUAUAAAGUUUAAAAUGUGCAUAUAUUACAUAUAAACUUUGUUGAAAAGGUAGAUACAGAAGAAGAGCCAUGACGACAGCACUAUCAGCAACUGUGCUGUUUGAAAAGAACAAGUUUUCACCCUUCAUCACAAUUUAUGUUUGAAAAAGAAUGUUUGAAAACUGUUAUUUUAUUCUUGCUGCUCUUUAAAAUAAAAAAAAGUAUUAAAAUGCCA